AGGAAUAUGUAUUGUCAGACACGAAUCGUGCAUUGCAAGUUCUUUGAUACCGGUCUCAGCUGUUCGUGGAUGUGCCCUGGAUGUGCCAUUUGGCGGAUUCGGCAUACUCUGCGUUGAAUUCCCGGCUUUUCUUUAGCAGCUGAUAGCCGUCAGACAGAAGAAAGACGAACUCACAAAUGAGAUGAAAAUCUUUAGGUUUGUCAGCGUGUGUGCUUCAUUGUUUACAUUUGUGACAUUAGUGACAACGAUUUGGGGCCCAUGUAAUUGAAAUAACGAAAUGAAGCCAGUGACGGCUUUGUGUUUUGGAGUUAUCAAGACCCUAUCCUGAUUUGGAUUGUAACAAAAAUUUACCACACAACACCUUCACGUCAAAAUUGAAAUCAAAAUUCCUAAAUGGCGUCAGCAAGAAGAAAAAUGGAAUUUGAAAGUCCAGAUGUGGAAAAGGAUUUCCCAGGAUUAUAUGCAUCCGAAUCUGGCAGAAAGAGUAAUGAAAGUGACUGCCUUAGUGAUAAUGCUUUUGAUCCAGUUAGUGAUGAUGCACAUGAAAGGCCAUCAAAAAAAGAUCUUCUCAUCGGAAAGCGCAAAGAUAAAAAAGAUUCAAAGAAAGAUAGAGGAUAUGCAGCUUUAGAAGGCGAGAGCUCCCCUGAAGAAGAUCCAGAAACAAAAAGCCCUUCCAAAUCAAAAAAAUCUAAAUCGUUUAAAUUCCCAAGCAAGAAAGAGAAACGUGAAAAGUCACGAGAAAAGGACAGUAAAGAAAAAGACAAAGAGAUUGAGAAAGACAAGAAGAAGGAAAAGGAAGGGAAAGUGAAAUUGAAAUUAAAAGAACGAAAGAAGUCCAAACAUGGUGAAGAGUGCACUGAUGUUACAGAUGAGUUACCUGUUUUUGGAGUUCCUCUUGCCUUAGCUGUGGAAAGGAGUCGUUGUCAUGAUGGUGUUGAUAUACCAAUUGUGAUACGAGAUUGCAUUGAUUAUGUCCAAGAAAAUGGUUUGAACAUGGAAGCUAUUUAUAAAUUAUCAGGCAUUAAAUCAAAAGUGCAACAUUUGAGACGACUCUACAAUCAAAGAGAAGUUGUUCAGUUAGCAGAUUUUGAGCCUCCUGUUGUUACAAGUCUUUUGAAGCAAUUUUUUCGGGAGUUGCCAGAGCCUGUUCUUACCAAUGAUUUAAUUGCUCGAUUUGAGGAAGCUGCAGCCAUAAAAGAAGUCGGUGCUAGAGAAACAGAACUGAAAAUGCUUGUAGACCAAUUACCUACUUGCAAUAGACAUAUACUUGCUUGGUUGAUGGUACAUCUUGAUUGCAUUACUGAUCAUGAAAAAUACAAUAAAAUGAAUGCACAAAAUUUAGCUAUCAUUCUCAGUCCUGUUCUACAAAUGAGUCACAGAUUGAUUACUGCCAUUUUGUGUCACUGUAAAUCCCUCUUUCCUGAAGUGAAAUUGACCAGAUACAUUCCACCUUUAAGUGCUGGUAGUCCUUCUCUGCCUGAUACCGUUUUUGGUAUAACAGAUGAAUUGAGGAAACAAGAAUCACUUUUAAGUCAAAUUCAUCAAGAGAUGAAUGCAGGUUAUGUUUCAAAACGUAGAGAAGAACAGUUGUGGGAAGUGCAAAGACUCAUUACUCAACUCAAAAGAAAAUUAAGAACAGUACAGAGAGCACAAGAAGCUGUGCAAAAUCAAAGAAGUCUGGAUGAAGAUCGCUGUAGUAAUAAAAUGUAUGAUGAUGAAUUUCAUAUUGACACCACAUUGCAAAAAGCUCGCUUGGGUUCGGAAGAUGAAACAAUCACAUCAGUGGUUGAAUCCAGACAAAUUAUGCCUCCGAAUGAUACUGACAGAAUAGUAGCUGAAACUCAGCUGUCGAUAGAAAUACCCUCAGAAUCAAUGGAUAAUGUUGAAGCAAAUUCAUCUCAAGUAACAGAAGAUGUAGUAGAUAGUACUGAAAUUGAAGAGCAGCAUAAUUAUGUAGAUGCAAGUGUCAAGACUGAGAAUACGAUAGAAGAAUUACAAGGUUUAUUGCAAGAAGAGACUGUUCUUCAACUAGAACAUCGAGAACUCUUAAGUCUUCAGGCAGAUUUGCAGGGUCGUUUGCAAGGAGAAAGAGCAGAAAUUGAAAGACUUAGACAAGAAUUAGCUGCCGCACGUACAAAAUACAGUUUCAGUGGAGAAGAUGAUAGUUCAGAAGGGAGCAGUUCACCCUCCCAUUCUGAAGGUAGUGAUGGAGAUGAUCCUGAAGUGGCCGCUCGAAUUGCAGAAUUGCAGAAGGAAAAUCUUAUUUUGCAGCAAAACAAAGCAAAUUUGGUUCGAAGAAUUGUAGAAGCAAGAGAAGCCUGCCUCCACCUUAGAGUGCAACUUAGUUUACUGCAGCUAUCUCAAGAAUCCAAGCAGUUGUGAACCAAAGAAGUGGGGUUGAAAUAGGCAAAAUGCGUUUUUAAAAAUGAUUAUUACUUAUCUUAGAAUGAUUUUCAUGUAGCUUCAUGUUGACUGUUCAGUUAUCAGAUAUUUGUAACCAGAAAUGGGCAAAUCUAUUUUUGUAUUUAGUGUUGAAUAUUGGAAAAUUAGAUAUAGAUUGUGUUUCAAGAAAUAAGUAUUAAAGUAAAGAUAGUUAAAUACCCUUGUCUACAAGGGAAUUCUAUACUUUGUGCAUGGUCAGGAAGUUUUUAAAGUUGGUCCAAAAUUACAACAAUUUAUACAUUAAUGAUUUGCAUAAACACAUUUUAAUCUUUAUUUACAUUUGUGUAUUCAAAAAUAAAAAAAACAACUGGUGAGGUCAAUCAAUUUAUCCAUGCUUUAGAACGAGGACAGAUUUCUAACAAUCUCAUGCCUGUCUCAGCUCUCUAAACAAAAACAGACAACAGUAAUUUCCAGUUCUUUCAAUACUGAUGCACAUGCCUGAUCCCAUUUCUGGAUGAGAUUCAAGUUUAAAAUGUUUACUUGAUAUAUGUGUAUUAUUGUAUGUAUUUUGUUGUUGGUGUUAUUGCAAUUGUUGAAGUUAGUGUUAUUGAACUGUUUUGUGAUCUUUCACUUUUAGAAUAGAUGUGACAUGAACACUUCAUGGUGAAGAAUCAUAGCAAAGUAAGCAAAAAGUGUAAAUGUAGAAUGCUUAAAUAAUUAGAUCUGGAAUUAUCAUUUUUUUUUUAAAUAGCUUAUACUACUUAUUAUGGCUUCCCUUGUUAUUGUAGAGGGAGUGCUUCCACAUGUAUUACAAAGACAUGAUAUGAUAAUCAUCUGUAUAUUCUAAAUAUCUGCUCUGUCAUCUCCUUUUUCGAAUUUGUGUUUCUAAUGUUUUGGCAGUAAUUAAUAAUUGUUUACUGAGAUUUAAAGAUUGAGGAAAAAAAUUAAUUUAAUUAAACUUCCUCAGGUACAGGGAAAUAAUUAAAGACAAGUUAAAAGUAAGAAAGAGCAGAGCAAUGUGUAGUGAAAAAGAUGAAAAAGUUUGUAAAUUUUUCAUAAUUUCAAGUAUCAGUUAUCAUGAAUCCCUGUUGGUUUGGGACUCAAGAAUUUUUUUAUUCACAAAACACGAGGAAUGCAGUAUAAUGGUAUCCUCUCUUUGUCUCCCUCCUGCCUCCUUCUCAUUACUCCUACUCUCUCUCCUUGCCUCUUCUGUCAUCUCCUCUUAUCCCCAGGGGCAUAGCUUAGACUGGUGCUACUGAUGCACUACACUGACACUCCUGACAUCAGGGGCCUUUAAGAAGGUCACUCUCCAAUCCUUAAUAAAGGGUUCCUGUUGUAAAAGUUUUGAAAGGGUUACAUGGAGCAAAUAUUCCAUCACAAAGUUACAUAUUAAUCCUAAUUUAACCAGUUAUUUUAUUAAGAUUAUUCCUUAUUAUUGCAAUUGCAUGUCUGAGAACUAUUUCUAAAAACAAAGAAUGUAGAACUGCCGAAUCAGUUGUUGAAUGAGGAGGGAUUGCACUUGUUGGUCAGCUGAGCAGCUUGACCGACAUCUACAACCUGACUAGGGGCCUUAUUUGGAAAAUAAAUUAGCAAAAUUUUCAUUGGUAAACUAUAUGACAUAAAACUGGCAAGAGAACCAAACAGAUACAAGAACAACUUGUCUUUUUUGUUAUCCACAUGAUACAGUACUAUAAAAUGUUCUACAUCGUACAAACUCCUUUUCAGGAUAGGGUCCCAAAUAUGGGAAUUUUGAUGGCAGAAAAUGGAGGGAAAUGUUUUUGCUGGAUAUUACAUAUGUGAGAAUAUAAAUGAGAUUUAGAACUCAAGAUGUUACUUUGUCAGGACCCCAAUUGUACCUUCUCCACAAGGGUCUCCAAAAACCAGCUAUAUCCCUGCCUCUCCCCAUAUCCAACCUAUUAUUCAGAAGUUUUGUACUUUUUAAAUUGUAUGUGUUGAAUCUCUGCAAUGGAAAGAAACAACACUUUGGCUUCGGGACCAAAAACCUUUUGAGUUUUUGCAAAACCAUGAAUUUUAACUGAAUACACAUGUCGGUUGUACAUAAAAUCUUUCAUUAACUAAUCUCAGCAAUCUAGGAUUAUCUAUUAUCCCCUGUCUCCUUACAUCAUGUCUUGUUUUUUAGUUUUUGCUGCAUCACAAAAAAGGACAUCUUUGAAAUUAAUAUAUUUAAAUGAAAGUAUAUAACUUUUUUAUUUUCUUUCCAAUGGCAAACAUUCAAAAGGUUUCUUUCUUUCACAUAUAUUUAUACCUCAUUAAGGAAAGUUAAUUUUUAUUUAGCGGUUCCCUGCAAAAAGUGUAUACAAUAAUCUAAGAUACCUUCAAUGGUUUGUGUUAAAUGGUCUAGAAUUGUGCAGAAGAUCAUAGUAUUAUUUUAUACCUUUAUUUUCCCUAAUUUCGUUUCUUAUUGCAAAUUGCAUUUGUAAAUUUGACUGCGAGCUCUUCUCUUUGCAUAAAUAAAUCAUAAAAUUAAUGUUGCAUAAAUAGUGAAAAUUUGUAGUGAUAGAAUUAGAGAAACAUCAUUGCUAGAAUAUAGUAUGAAAUUAUGGUUGCAACUUAUUGGUAUUUGUUUAUUAUAGUAUUACUUUGUUUAUUAUAGUAUAACUGAUUCACAGUUACUUUUGUUAUUAUUUUUCCUCUAGUCAUAAUAAAAAUGUGAUGUAUGAGGCUGUGGAGAGAACUGGAUGUAAAUAUUGAAAAGUCAAACAAAUUUUGUGGUUUCAAAGUUGCUUUCUUGGCGAUUUGAAUUGUAUAUUUUUAUGAAGUAGACAAUUAUGUGUAUGUAAUAAAAUAUAAUAUGUGGAAUA